UAAUAAUAAUACGGCCUUACAUUCUCUAUACUUUCAUUGCUGGAAUCAGAGGCUCUGCUUCUAUUCUCUUGCGUAGAUUCUCCCUUCUGCACUUCUUACUAAUUUCCUUCCUCUUUCUGGAUUCUUCUUAGGUCUUGGCGAAAAGGGUUUUGUUUUUUCGCUUCUGGGUUUGGUGGGUUUGGCCAGGAAGAGCUCAAUAAGAGCUGGACCAGCUUGUUUUUUAAAAAACUAACAGUUUAUUUUGAUUUUAUCCACUCCUCUGCUAGUGUUUGGAUUCGAAAAAGAUGUCUCAGACCAACUGGGAAGCUGAUAAAAUGUUAGAUGUGUAUAUUCACGAUUAUUUGGUAAAAAGAGAUUUGAAGGCUACUGCUCAGGCUUUUCAAGCAGAGGGAAAAGUGUCUUCAGAUCCUGUGGCUAUUGAUGCGCCUGGAGGCUUUCUGUUUGAAUGGUGGUCGGUAUUCUGGGAUAUAUUCAUUGCUAGGACUAAUGAGAAGCACUCUGAUGUUGCUGCAUCUUAUAUUGAGACACAAUUAAUAAAAGCAAGAGAGCAACAGCAACAUCAGCAACAUCAACAGCAGCAGCAGCAGCAGCAAACACAGCCACAGCAACAGCAACCACAACACAUGCAGAUGCUUCUGAUGCAGAGACAUGCCCAACAGCAGCAGCAGCAACAACAACAGCAACAGCAUCAACAGCAACAGCAGCCACAGCAGCAACAACAACAAACUCAGCAACAGCAACAACAGCGAAGAGAUGGAGCCCAACUCUUAAAUGGACCUUCAAAUGGUUUUGCUGGAAAUGAUCCUCUUAUGCGCCAGAAUCCCGGGUCUGUAAAUGCAUUGGCUACAAAAAUGUACGAGGACAGAUUAAAACUGCCCCUUCAGAGGGAUUCUCUAGAUGAUGCGUCUAUGAAACAAAGAUUUGGGGAAAAUGUCGGGCAGCUGUUGGACCCUAAUCAUGCUUCAAUUCUGAAGUCAGCUGCAGCAACCAGCCAGUCCUCAGGGCAAGUGUUACAUGUUACAGCUGGGGGAAUGUCUCCUCAAGUUCAAUCUAGGAACCAGCAAUUGCCAGGUUCCACACCGGAUAUAAAGAGUGAGAUCAACCCAGUUUUGAAUCCUAGAGCUGCAGGUCCUGAGGGAUCACUGAUGGGCAUUCCUGGAUCGAAUCAUGGUGGCAAUAAUUUGACCUUAAAGGGAUGGCCCCUCACUGGGUUAGAGCAGCUACGCUCUGGGAUCCUUCAGCAACAAAAACCUUUCAUACAGGCUCCUCAAUCCUUUCCUCCGCUUCAGAUGUUGACACAACAACACCAACAACAACUUAUGCUCGCACAACAGAAUUUAACAUCACCUUCAGUUAAUGAUGAUGGUAGAAGAUUGAGAAUGCUUUUGAAUAGUCGAAUGGCAAAAGAUGGACUUUCAAAUUCUGUUGGUGAUGUUGUUCCAAAUGUUGGAUCUCCUCUCCAAGCUGGUAGUCCUCUCUUGCCUCGUGGAGACAACACAGACAUGAUCAUUAAGCAUCAACAACAGCAGCAACAGAAUAGUAGCCAGCAACAGCAGCAGCAGCAACUUCAGCAGCAUGCUCUUUCAAAUCAACAAUCACAAAGCUCAAACCACAACAUGCACCAGCAAGAAAAUAUUGGGGGCGCUGGCAGUGUCACCAUGGAUGGUAGCAUGUCAAACUCGUUUCGUGGAAAUGAUCAGGUUUCAAAAAAUCAGACUGGGAGAAAGAGGAAGCAGCCAGUGUCAUCUUCGGGUCCAGCAAAUAGCUCAGGAACAGCAAAUACUGCAGGCCCAUCCCCAAGUUCUGCUCCUUCAACUCCCUCAACUCACACACCUGGAGAUGCAAUCUCAAUGCCUGCUUUGCCUCACAGUGGUAGUUCAUCUAAGCCUUUGAUGAUGUUCAGCAGUGACGGUACUGGCACUUUUACGUCCCCCUCAAAUCAGUUGUGGGAUGAUAAAGAACUUGAAUUGCAGGCUGAUAUGGAUCGCUUCGUGGAAGAUGGGUCUCUUGAUGACAAUGUCGAGUCUUUUUUAUCCCAUGAUGAUGCGGACCCUAGAGAUCCUGUAGGGCGUUGUAUGGAUGGCAGCAAAGGAUUCACAUUUACGGAGGUGAAUUGUGUUAGAGCAAGCUCAAGCAAAGUUUCCUCUUGCCACUUUUCAUCUGAUGGAAAACUGCUUGUUAGUGGUGGCCAUGAUAAGAAGGCUGUAUUAUGGUACACGGAGAAUUUAAAGCCGAAAACUUCACUUGAAGAACAUGCUUCCAUAGUCACUGAUGUUCGUUUUAGUCCUAGCAUGCCCCGCCUUGCAACUUCUUCAUUCGAUCGAACAGUCAGGGUUUGGGAUGCUGACAACCAUUGUUAUUCUCUACGUACUUUUACGGGACAUUCUGCUUCUGUUAUGUCUUUGGACUUCCAUCCAAAGAAGGAUGACUUUAUUUGCUCCUGUGAUGGUGAUGGUGAGAUUCGAUACUGGAAUAUUACUAAUGGCAGCUGUGCAGCAGUAUUCAAGGGUGGUACAGGCCAGCUGAGAUUUCAACCUCGUCUUGGGAGAUACUUUGCUGCUGCUGUAGAUAACAUCGUAUCCAUUUUUGAUGUUGAGACACAAGCACGUCUGCAUUCGUUACAGGGACACACCAAAACGGUUCAUUCACUUUGUUGGGAUCCUUCUGGAGAGUUCCUGGCAUCCGUUAGCGAGGAUUCUGUUCGAGUGUGGACACUUGCUUCGGGGAAUGAGGGUGAAUCUAUUCACGAGUUGAGCUGUAAUGGCAAUAAAUUUCACUCUUGCGUUUUUCAUCCCACCUACUCUACUUUGCUGGUCAUUGGAUGUUACCAGUCGUUGGAGCUUUGGAACACAACAGAGAACAAGACGAUGACUCUAUCAGCUCAUGAAGGUUUAAUAUCUUCCUUAGCAGUGUCCACAACAUCGGGUCUGGUUGCCUCGGCCAGCCAUGACAAGUUCAUCAAACUAUGGAAGUAAAAUAAAAAAAGGAAAGACAAAAGAAAACCAAAAAGGGAAAAUGGUAACUCACACUAGUUAAAUGGAAAGCCAAGGCAGUGAUCUGGUACUGGUUUGUUUUGGUCCAGCUUUGUGUACUGUUUUUAGGCCCUUUUUUUUAGGACUUCUGAUUUUUUUUUCCUUCCCUUUUUGCUUUUAGAAUAUCAAACUUGAGCUGGAUAUGAUAUGACCUAAAAUUCUGACAAAACUGUUUCUUGUAAUUGGACUCCAUCCUGGUAGAAUGUAUACUAUAACUCUUCCCGUCUUCU